GAGCGUCGGACCACGGAGUGACAGUACCCCCCCCCACCAGAGCAGAUGACGGUGCGUGUCGACGUGGAAGCAAUCCGAGUGACAACGCCCUUACGACAUUCGCCAUGUCGUGGGGGAAGCGCCUGGAGAGAAGGAGCGUCGUCACCAGAACGUAGAUACGCUGUCACCUGUCACCGAGACUGUCACCAGAGACCUGUCACCAGAGACCUGUCACCAGAGACCUGUCACCAGAGACCUGUCACCGAGACUGUCACCAGAGACCUGUCACCAGAGACCUGUCACCGGAGACCUGUCACCAGAGGCCUGUCACCGGAGACUGUCACCAGAGACCUGUCACCAGAGACCUGUCACCGGAGACCUGUCACCAGAGGCCUGUCACCGGAGACUGUCACCAGAGACCUGUCACCAGAGACCUGUCACCGGAGACCUGUCACCAGAGGCCUGUCACCGGAGACCUGUCACCAGAGACCUGUCACCAGAGACUGUCACUUGCGUGGGAUUCGACCGCGGGACAUCAUCGUCUGCGUCGUUCGUCCGUGUAAAGGGCACGUAUCGUAUCGUAUCGUAGCGUAUCGUAUCGUGCAGCACCUGGAGCUUUGCACCGGUAAUAUCAUUAAUAUAACUAUCGAUUGUAUGAAACGCUAUACAGCAGCUUGUACUACCGCAGUCUAGCGGGCAGCAGACAAGUCUACAUCAGUGAGACAGCCAGGCUGUGCAGGACAUUACAUACGCCUACUCACGUGGUACAUACGUGUUCUGCGGGAACAGUGCACACAGAACAACUUCAUGAAUGGUGUGUGUGUUAUCGCAGUAUCACACCGAUCGCACGCCGGACAACGGCCUGCACAAAAAUCUAUAUAAUAUUUCGUGAUUUUAUCCUGAUUCCGUCAUUCCGUCCUGAUCCUGAUGACCGUCUCGACACGUCUACCGCUAGUCAAUCAGUUACACAUAGUAGCCCUCUCCCUCCUCUACUCUGUCAGCCCUACCCUCUCCGACGCCCCCUUACUUCCCCUACCCUAGCGCGACCCGCAAGAAGAAACGCACCGGCAAGAGAAGAACUACACGCCAGUGUUCGCCGGACUAUAUAACGGACAUGAUUCUAUACGGGAGAGAGAAGGAAGCUGCGAGGAAGGAAGCCCCCGCGUGCUGGCCUCCCCCACACGAGCUGCUGCCGUAAGAUGCGCCGCGCGUGUAUGUCAGCAUCGUUAGAGGACGCGCAUCAACAUCCUACAGCAUGACGCGGCUCCUCGGUGGCGCCCCCCUGGGGGGAGCUGGCAUCGACGAGGGAAAAGACCUGACGCGAGAUGACGUCGACAGCAAACAUGACACGGUUUUGCUUUAUUGGGCGAGCCUCCACGGCCGGCUGCUAGUUUAUCUAGCUAGCAUAUGUUCAAUCACAGUGAGUGCGCGUGCCAUGAUGACUCCGUGCUGCAAAACCAAUACUGGAGGAGAGAUGAGAGAGAGGCGGAGAGACAUACACACAUACACAGAGAAA